AAAUCUUUAUUGGUUUGGUCUAUUAAGUAUAUUGAAACCAUUAUUGGGAAGACCAAAGAAAUAUUGCAGGCUUCAACAGCUCGUCCACAUGACUCGGAUUCAUGGAAUUUUCUCACUGAUAUGUUUCAACCGAACUCAAAGGCAAACUACAAUCCAUACGAAUUAACAACCUUAUGUGUAGCACAACUACUAUCUUCUUCCAGACGCUUAUUUG